AUGUUCACCACCAACACAACCGUGCUGGGAGCGGCUGUGGCUGCCGUGGUGCUCUUCUACCUCAGCACUAUUCUCACCAAGACAAGGAGCCCCAAGUACAAACUGCCGCCUCAGGUACCUGGAAUCCCCAUCUUCGGCAACUCGUUCCAGGUGCCGGCAACACAGCAAGGGCCAUGGGCGAAAGAACUGGCGGGAAAGUACGGCGAGAUGUUUACCGUCAAGUUCGGCGGCAGCACCUGGGUCUUUCUCAACUCGUCCCGGGUGGUGAAUGACCUGAUGGAGAAACGGGCGGCCAUCUACUCCUCGCGUCCGCCAUUCCCCAUGACCCAAGACAUCAUGUCCGGCGGCGGCCGGCUGGUGUUGAUGCCGUACGGCGAUCGAUGGAGGAAGACGCGGAAAGUGAUGCAUCAGAUCCUGAGCACGCGCCAGAAAGACACGUUCCGCAAGUUCCAGGACGUCGAAUCCAAACAUCUGCUGUACGACUACCUCCACCACGCCGAUCGAUGGUUUUCCGCCAACGGACGCUACUCGAACUCGGUCAUCAUGAGUGUCGUGUUUGGCAUCCGCUCGAAGCUGGACGACCCGCAAGUGGCCAAGCUGUUUGAGACAGCCGAGCUGUUCCUGGAGCAGCAGCAGCCGGGGACCAACCUGGUGGAUGGCUUCCCUGUGCUUGCUGGCCUGCCCACGUGGUUACAGUGGUGGAGGCCGCGAGGGGAGCGGUUGUUUGAAUACACCAAGAAAGUCUACAAGACACAACUUGACGGAGUCAAGGCACGGCUCGAGAAAGGGCAGCAGCGCGACUGCUUUGCGGUGGACUUUCUCAACUCGAAUAAAGACGGCUACUUCGACGAGACCCAGCAGCUGUUCACGCUAGGGACCCUGAUGGAGGCAGGCAGCGACACCACCCGCGUGUCUCUAGGCCAGAUGAUCGCCGGCGCCGCCACAUAUCCCGACUGGGUGCAGCGCGCCAGAGCCCAGCUCGACCGGGUGUGCGGGGCCAAUGCAGAGCGGUUGCCAGAAUGGACGGAUCGAGAUGAGCUGCCGUACAUCACGGCGACGGUGAAGGAGAUCUUCCGCUGGCGGCCCAACAUUGCCGAGAUCGGGGCGCCCACCUCGCUCACACAGGACGACGAGUACGAGGGAUACCGGUUCCCCAAGGGCACCGUGUUUGUGUGGAAUGCCUGGGCCAUUGCCCUGAACCCGGAAGAAUACCCGGAGCCAGAGCGCUUCUACCCGGACCGCUUCUUGAAUCAAGACCUGAACAAUGGAUUAAAGGGCCAUUGGGCCUUUGGACCAGGGCGACGGGUCUGCGUGGGGUGGAAUGUUGGGGAAGGCAAUGUCUGGAUUGCGGCGGCAAGGCUGCUCUACUGCUUUGAUUUCGUCCAAGACGAGGCUCAUCCCAUCGACACCAUGCGCAUUCCGCAAUUGACCAAGAACAAAGCCCCCUUCCCAGUGCGGAUCCAAGUUCGGAGCCAGGCUCAUGCCGAUCUGAUUGAGCGGACAUGUCGUGAGGCCGUGACGGCCGAAUAA